UUGCACUUUUCUCUUUUAAAAAAAAAAAAGAAGGAAAUUGCCAAUAACUUUGCAUACUGGGCUUAUUUCGCCACUAUCAAUACUGGGAAGUCCCCUUCUUUAGACUGUCAGCCUUGCUCCUGAAUUGACCAAAGGUUGCGUUUCGUGACAGAACUUUUCUCCAGUUUGGUUUUGGAUCUUAGUGGGCCUGACUGUGAGCAGCUAGAUACCAGACACUGGUGUGGACUCGAUCCGGUGGCUGGGAGCUCACAGAGGAAGAGGAGCUGGAUGUAUGAAGAGGCUUCAUGGGCCUGAAGGACCAUCUGGAGGAUGGAACUGGCCACAUGCUCAGCCUGGGGCUGGAUCUGGACUAUCUCCAUGUGGAUGGUGCUGAGAAGCAGACGCCAACAAACACACUGAAGGCCUCUGACGUCUUGCAGGUCCGAGGCGGCGCCCAAACCCGGAGCGGCUACAGCAUCGGCGGGAGCACAAACAGCCUCAGCACAAAUCUGAGUUACAGCAGCAGCAGCAGCAGCAAUUUUUCAGAGGAGAGCGCCAUUUCCGACAAUGAGGAAGAGCAGCAUCAGGUUGGCUCCGACUCCGGACUCGACAUCUCCCACCGAGAUCAGCUGGGCUUACCUCGGAGCGCCUCUCUGCAGUGGAAGCAGGUCAGGCUGGACCUGGCGCCACACCUGUCCACAGGAGAUCUAACGCGGUCGAAAGAGCUAGCGCCUGCGGGCCUCGCUUCGGACUGCCGCGCCAAGGUCGAGUUCGCUCUGAAGCUGGGCUACGCUGAGGAUCUGGUGCUGCUGGUCCUGAGGAAGCUGGGCCCAGACGCACUUAUCAACGACAUGCUGGGAGAGCUGGUCAAGCUGGGGACAAAGACGGAGAUGGAGCAGCAGAAAGGUCCAGCUGUGUCCCAGUCUCCUUCCUCCUCUUUGUCUUCUUUGGCCUCCAGCUCGUCCCUGGAGUCCUGCCGGCUGCCGUCCCCUUCGCCCCUGCUGGAAGACAAAGACAAUUUUCGGCCCGUCGUCGUAGACGGCAGCAACGUAGCCAUGAGUCAUGGAAAUAAGGAAGUGUUCUCGUGCCAAGGGAUCCAGCUGGCUGUUGAUUGGUUCUUGGAUCGAGGUCACCGUGACAUCACGGUCUUUGUCCCCGCCUGGAGAAAGGAGCAGUCGCGACCUGAUGCUCUCAUCACCGAUCAGGAGAUCCUGAGGCGACUAGAGAAAGACAAGAUACUGGUUUUCACUCCAUCUCGGCGUGUGCAGGGGCGACGUGUGGUUUGCUAUGAUGACAGAUUCAUCAUCAAACUGGCAUACGAAUCCGAUGGCAUAAUCGUGUCCAAUGACAACUACAGAGACCUGGCCAACGAGAAGCCAGAGUGGAAGAAGUUCAUUGAUGAGCGCCUGCUGAUGUACUCCUUUGUCAAUGACAAAUUCAUGCCUCCAGAUGAUCCUCUUGGACGCCAUGGACCAAGCCUGGAAAACUUCCUGAGGAAAAGGCCUAUUGCCCCUGAACCCAGGAAGCAGCCCUGUCCUUAUGGGAAGAAAUGCACAUAUGGCCACAAGUGUAAAUUUUACCACCCAGAAAGAGGCAGUCAGCCCCAGCGCUCGGUGGCCGAUGAGCUCCGUGCCAGUGCCAGGAUUUCGUCUGUAUCUUCCAGAGGCCUGCUGGGACAUACAAAGAUGGUGAAGAGCCAAAGUAGCAGUCAACCAGAAGAGACGCCUGAAGCCGAACCGGGACAGGGCAGUAAACUACCAAACCAGAGUCCUCGGAGUGCGCCCUCUGACCUCGCUGAGGACAGACUCCAAAGUUAUUCCAAACCAGAAGCGUACAAGGGAAGCCACGUCAACAGGGGACAUACUUCAUCAGGGUUGACUUUCUCAUUAGGACAUCUGGACAGCUGUGCGCAACUCAAGGAGAGCAGUGGAGCCUGCAGUUUGGGUUUAGUAGAAAGUUACAACAGAUGUGAUUCUCCGGAGGUGGGCUGCAGGUCUCUGGUAAAGGCCUAUUCAAGCCUCUGUCUUGUGGUGCCACAGACCACAGAAAGUCUCUUAACUGCUGAUCUGCAAGCAGGUUCUCUGCCAUCCGAAUGCAGCAUCGAUGGCAGCAUUAGCUCAGAUUCUUUUUCCCCCGACUCUAUGUCAGACAACAGCCCCGAGUGCCAACAUCACCUUCCUCACUACCAUCAUCACUAUAGUGGCUCGUAUGGUUAUGUGGCAAGCCGGGUUUCCCCGGGGAUGGGCCAGCAUUCCCCUUAUGGCUACUCUGUUACUCAAAGACCACAGAGAGCUCAGGGGUCUGUCUCUGAGGAACUUCCUUGUUCAGUUAGCUCUCACGCAUCUCCACACCAUCGCAAGACCCCUUCGGCAAACAUCGUACCACAGCAUCAGCAUCUACUGUUAGGCAACUAUCCGGGGGAACAACCACCUCAUCUACCUCAAACAUCUGCUGCUCGUCCUGAUUCCCAGAACUCGCCCUUCAGUCCAAACACGUUGACUUCGUGGGAAGGUGACCUCCAGGACCCCACAAUGUACAAAGGAUCACCAGUUAAUUGUAGAAGAAACUACUCAGGGUCAACCCAACACCCUCAGCAUAAGACGCACUGGGAUUCCCACCACGAGGCAUCAACCAGGCCCUGCUAUGAUCUGUUCUCCUAUAAAAGCUUUCCCCCACUUCACGGUAAAGGUUGGCACACCCCCUGGGGUCAGCAACUCCCAUCGUCCCCCCACGGUCCAUCAGCUUCAAGCGUCCCACCGGCCCCACAGCAGUCCCUCAGGUCCAUCGCCACUCACAGGAGCCACCUGCAGAACGAGUGCCACUACUCAGGGCAUCUUUCCUCGGGUCAGUACCAGGACCUAAGGGAGAGGGUUUUCGUCAACUUAUGCGCCAUCUUCCCACCAGAUUUGGUGAGGAAGGUGAUGGCCAAAAACCCUCACAUGACGGAUGCUCAAGAGCUUGCAGCCUCAAUUUUGAUGGAGAAAUUGCAGCAUGUUUCUUAAAACUGUUCAGGUUUGUUUCUUAAAAUCAAGUCAGCAAUGAAAGGCUGCAAUAGCUUUGGGGAAGCUGUUCAUCUAAUGGUAUCUUUGCAAAUAGAAGUCCUAAAACGACCAUAUCUUUGAAUAAAUGCGUCUUUUAUUUCAGCACUUAAAACGGGAAACGUUUGGGAUUAAAACGGUUUUUAUAAUAGUUCAUGAUGGGCAGCUUAUGGGGACCUUUGAAUGGGGAUAUUUCUUCGUAUUUAUUUGUUUUAUUUAUAUAUUUUUGAAAUUCAGUUUUUGGCACUUUCUGUUAUUGUGUGUCUUA